AUGAACAGGACAGCCAGCCUAUCAGGGGACACCCUGGUCACGUGUCACUUCCCCCUGGUGCAGCUCCCCCCCUGGCAGCUUCCUGUGCAGGCGGCUCUGUGCAGCAGCUCUUCCAAGCGGCCUGGUCGACCGUGCUCCAGCUCCGUGGUUCUGACCCGCGCUGCCUCCCUCCCCGAGCAAGGCAACCUCCACAGAGAGCCCUUCCACAACCGCCUCAGACAUAUCUCCUCCAGCUACUGGAGCCUCAACGAGGACUGGGGCGAGGGGGACGGGGAGGGGGGCAGUGACAGCAGUGGGAAGUGUGACUCUGGAUCAUCAUCAGAGGAGGCGUCACAGAUGACAAUCUCUCAAAGACAUAAACAACACCCUGUAGUUAGAGGUACUUUACGGCUACACAACUCCUUUCUCCCUAAUGAAGGGGUGGAUGAAGAUGAGGAGGAUGAAGAUAGUGAUGGAGAUAACCUGCACAGAUACCAUGAGGACUCCUCUUUUGUGCUGCAGCUGCAUGGAAACUCUAACUGGGCCCUGAGUAAUGCUGGGAGGCGGACCGCCAAACCUUCUAGCCAAUCAGCCAGUCAGAACCAUGACAACAGGGGUAAAACUGUGUUGAAGGACUGUGGGGAGCAGGAGAGACUGGAGGACGUUGAAGAUAAUAUGCUAAAAUGUGGUGAUGAGAGCUACUGCUUCAGCUAUGGCCAAACAAAAUGUUUCCCUGAGUCUUUCUCUGAUGGUCUUCUAGAGUACGUCACAGACUCCUCCUGCAACAGCUCAGAUGGGGUUCUCGUCAACUUCAGCGCGAUCUACAACAAGAGUAACAACCCUGCCACCCCAAACGACCUCAGCAGCCCUGCAAUGCAGUCAUCCCAGCCAGCAGAAGGCAGAGUCGUCCUAAACCUGCAACCUUUCCCCCAGAAGCCUCAAGAUGCUGGCCCCAGUCAGGGGGGCAGAACAACCUCCUCUCCUCUUGACGGGGGGCCUUCUGUCCCCUGCUGGUCACCACAGGCGCUGGACUCCAACUGUAAUGUCUACCUUCCCGACGCCCAGGGCCUCCUGUCCUCUCUGGAGGUCUCUGACCUCACUUCCUGUCUCCAGAGCCAAGCCAGGCUGCUGCCCACAGGGACCACCCAGAAGUACUACAAGCUGGUGACCUGUGACCUGUCAUCCCAGUCAGCCUCGCCCAGCCCAGCCUGGUCCAGCACCACCAGCGUCACCUCAGAGGGCCACUCCUUCCUCUUCAGUAAGGCCCGGGGAGAGCAGAGCCAGGGGGAGAAACAGCAGGAAGAAGGCUUAGACAAAGAAGGGAGGAGAGCUACCCCAUUGCACCGUCCUCGCUGUAUGAGCUGGGACUCCCAGCAUGUCACCUCCUUUGCUGAGAUUGCCUACUGUAAGAGACAUACAGACAGCUGCCAGAGCUCCAGCCACUCCCACACCUCCCAGGAUCUGUGUCCCAUUCAAGAGGCAGUUUCCCUGGGCCAGAGUAGCAGCCACUCCCCCCUACUCCUGAGUCCCAACCAAGGCAGUAGCACUGUGUCCAACCGCCCUUCUGUGUCACCGAACCAUGAGACGGAGGAGGAGGGGGCAUGUUCAUGGGCCACUCCUGUGGUUCGCUACAGUAAGGCUCAGAGGCCCACCUCCCUGCCCAUCCAGCCCUUUGUCCUGCUUCCCCCAGUGGGUAAACCUCAGAGCCAGCCCCUGGGCUCCCUGCUGGACCAGUACAUCAGCCACAAGAACACCAAGCCCAGCUCCAGCUCCCAGCCAGGGUCCAAGUGCAUAGGCAAAGGCAACAGACUCCCAACCCACCUGCAUCCCUCACCGCUAGGCAGCUAUGGAGCCAUCCUCCUGGAAGGCCCCUCCAGCUCUGAUACCUGCUCCACCUGCACCCCCAGUCCAGAACGCUUCCAGUCCAGACUCAACUGGACACACUCCAGUCCAUACAGGCCCCACACUAGCCUUGGUCUCACUUCGACCAGUCCAAAACAAGCACAAACAAGCACCAAACUAACCCAGGCUUAUUCAUGCCAGGACCAGCUCUAUGAAGACCUAGACCAAACCUACCCCAGCCCAGCUCAGGCCCACAGUAGCCCAAACCAGUCUCAUUGUAAAGAUUCAAUCAAACGGAGCCAAGGCAUGGCUCAGAUCUGCCAAGAUCUCAUUCGCCUGUCCCCAGAACAGAAGAGCCUCAACCCAGUCCUCCUGACCCACAGCCCUCACUGCCCCAUCUCCCAUGUAGCAACCAUGUCACCCUCUGACAGUCACAUCCAUCAUUCAGACCUGCUGGUUAUCUUUUCUCCAGACCCACCCUUACUGCCCCACAAGACAAUCCCACUAUCCUCAGUCCCUAUGACUGGGUCUGCAGCCUCUCAUCGUAGCCUGACAGCUGCUCUAUCGUCAGUGGCCCCUCUGUCCUCUCUGAGCGCCCUUCUGCAGCCCCUGGUGUCUGCAGGGCCCAGUGUAAAGCAGCAUCAACAACAGCACUGUGACUCCUUCAGCCUGAGUGACAGUAGGCCACCUGUGGAGUUCUGCCUGUCACCUGAAGCCUCCUACGAGUCUCUGUCCAUCAGCCACCUGCAGAGGAGAGGUCUGCUGAAAUCUGUGAGCUUGGCAGUGGAUUUGAUCAUGGCUCAUUUUGGCACCAGUCGAGAUCCUGUGGAAAAGAUCCGGCUAGGGAACAGCUCUAGGAGUCCCACCAUUGGUGGUAUAGUCCUGGAGCAUCUGUGUCCCACCAUCCAGAACAUUCUGCAGGAUGGCCUUAGGGACCACAAACUUGACCUGAUCAUCGGUCAUCGACGCAACCACGCCUGGAAUGUGGUGGAGGCCUCCACUCAGACAGGCCCUACCACCCAGGUGCUCCACAGCCUGCUGUCCAAGGUGAGGCAGUGCUCCCUGCUGACCAGCCACUGUAUGAGACUACGAGCCUUCAUCAUGGGCCUGCUCAACUUGAGAGCCUUGGAAUUCUGGCUAAAUCACCUCUACAACCAAAAAGACAAGGUGACAGAUCACUACCAUCCAUGGGGUUUCCUCGCCAUGUCACAUGGGCAGUGUCAGCCUCUGUUCCAGGAGCUCCUCCUCCUGCUGCAGCCUCUUUCCAUGUUACCCUUUGACCUCAACCUGCUGCUGGAGCCCCGCCUGCUGCAAAACAGACAGCUCUGCUCCGAGGAACAAGCUCCACCAUGCUCCACCUUUCUCAUGACCAGUUGGCCCCUAUUGAGAGGAGACAGACAGGGGGCAUAUGGUUCUAUGGAUGGUCCCAGAGAUAACAGCAGGCCACCAGGUGACCCACACCAGCUGGUACAGCAUCUUCAGGGGUCCACCCAGGGGUCAAAGGUCACGGGUCAGGAGAAGUGGGUGAGGCAUUUAGGCAAGUGUAGCAGAAGUCUGUGGUCAGCCACCAGUCCAGGGUGGUGGCAGAGACGGGCUGCCCACGCAGAGGGGGGAGUGGAAUAUGGACAGAUUUACAUGGAUGUCAUCCACACUGAGCCUCAGCAGGGGAUGGAGGGGAGGAGAGAAGGUGAGAGUUCACAGGAGAGCAGGAGGAAGGGAACUGGGCCGGAGACCCCCAGGAUGCUGGCAGACCCUCAGGAUGAGAGCCUCUCCCAGGGUGGGCUACGCUGGGCCAAGCUGUUUGGAUCAGGAGGGAAUCCCCCCACCAGGACACAGAGGGCACCUCAAAAUCUCAAUGGGACACAGGACCAGAAAAGGAGACCUUCACAGUGGCUGCAGUUGGACAGGUCUCAGCUGGGCCUAUUGGCUCAUACAGUGUGGUCAGGGAAACUCCCAGCUCCACAGCCUGACCAGAAACACCAGACAUAG